AUGCUUCGGCGCCUGGGCAGGGUGUCAGGCUGCACCGAGUGUGGCAGCCGCUGUGGCUACAGGAAAUUCCCAGCUACAAGUAUCUUCCAGGUGUUAAAAAUUGCCUCAGCCCCACGUCUCACCGGCCUGGGGGUCCUCACCACGGGGCUGGUUGUUGCAGAAUGGAUCGAGCGCCAGCAGAGCAGGAACAAGUUCUACUACUACCACCAGCAGUUCCGCCGCGUGCCCGACCUGAGCGAGUGCGUGGAGGGCGACCACCUCUGCUACUUCGAGGCCGAAGCGCAGUGGAGGAGGGAUAGGAUGGUGGAUCAAGAGAUCAUGGGCAUCGUGCGGGAACGGCUUUCGGCCUGCCAGUACAGGGAAGGGCCCAAUCACUUACAGAACUGCGCAAAGGAGAUGGAGCAGCUGCUCCAAGUCACCAAGGCCUAUCAGGACAAAUAUGGUGAUCUUGGUGUCCAUGGAAAUUCAAGGACAUGUUUGAUGAAGCAGAAGCACAUGAUGAUGGAAGAAAGGAAGGCCCAGGAAAAUGCAGAUCACUAGAUCUGAUUAGAACAGGGUUCACUUGUCAGUGGUGUGUGAACCCACUCUUGCAUGGGGCAUCUUUGAACUGUGAUGUUGACCUGUACAAUAAACUUGCAGCCCAGGCAUCUGCCA